UUACGGCAUGGAUCUGUCUUUUGAUCCCACAGCUUAUCACAAACUACAAGUCGCGGAGCGCCGACGGCCUGUCUAUGCCAUUCCUGCUGAUAUGGCUGUUCGGUGAUAUCACGAACCUGUCUGGUACGCAAUAUGCAAUUGAGCACUGCUAGAGUCGCCUUCUUCCCAAGUCCUGGUCCGCGCCCGCAUCGCGAUAUUCGCAGAUUCGUGAUCCAAGAACCAAUCCGAGCGGGCCAUAUCCUUCACGCCAUCGCAGCACAUGCUUACUUGUCCAAGAAAUAUGCUAACUUCAACGGCUCUGCAGGCGCACUCGUAACCGGGCUCGCGCCAAGUGCGACUACGCUGGCAGCGUACUUCUGCUUCACCGACCUCGUGCUUAUUAGCCAAUGUAUGUAUUACAACACCAUCAACGCCCGCAGGGCUGCGAGGCUACGAGCCCAGUCCACCGACUCCGUCGCUUCCGAGGACGAGCCCUUGCUGCGCCGCCGUAGAACAUCGUCGGCCGGCCUUCCGGGGUCGCAGCGCAGAGCAUCUGCCAGGAGCGAAGAAUCCGGUCUAGGCGACUCACUUGCGCAUCUAGUGACGGGCGAAGACGAGACACCGGACAACCACCGGUGGUUGCAUAACACCCUAAGCUUGGCCGCCGUGUACAUAGUCGGUAUUGUGGGCUGGUUCGUAUCGUACAAAGCUGGAGCGUGGAACGGAUCCGGGGAACCAGUCGCGCCUACAGCAGCCAGCUCAUCCGCCACAAUCGUGGGCAUGAGUCUGGGUUAUAUAAGUGCGCUGUGUUACUUGUGUGCGCGCAUCCCCCAAAUCAUCAAGAACUAUCGAGAGAAGUCUUGCGAAGGUCUUGCUCUCCUAUUCUUUCUCCUGUCCUUGACCGGUAACCUGACAUACGGCGCGAGCGUCUUCGCCUACUCUCAGGAGACGGAUUAUAUUGUCAAGGCGAUUCCCUGGUUACUAGGUUCCUUCGGCACCAUGGUCGAAGAUGGGAUUAUCUUCUAUCAAUUCCGUAUUUACGACCCGUCUCGGCAGUCAAAGGCCAACCUUGCCAUCGAUGACAAUGAAAGUGCAUGAGGACAACGACUGGAAGGACUCUUAUUUUUAGCAUUAUAUUUCGGUUUGCAUCAUGGUGACGUUCGCAUAUCGAAGGCGUUUUAAGGGUAUAGUUGAUCAGCUUCUGGAUUCGAAAAGCUCUCCUUAAAUUGCCGCGUUGGUUCUAUCGCCGGGUUUGUUUCGUCGUCGUGCUGAACCCCGACUCGUACGAAUUAGGUUUAGCAUUACGCAUUAAUAUGCAUGCGCGAUUGCACAUUGUAUCGCUCUAUUCACACGGGAUCUCGAUGGUUG